UGACCCCACAAUAAAACAAAAGGAAAAGGAGGCAACUUUAAAAUUAACAGUUUUCACUUUUCAGCAAUGAAAAUCGAUGGCGAUGGAAGUGGAAAUGGAAGGCGAAGAUGGUUCCAAAUUGUCAUUACAAGUCACUGAAGCUCGAAACACAGUCAUUGGACGAGGCUGUGGCGGCGGCUUUCACACAAAGGAUCGCACCGUUUCCCGUCGCCACGUCUCCUUCCAGCUCAGCUCCGAUUCCGAUGACCCUAGGGUUUCAUUCGAGGUCAUCGGAAGGAACCCUUUUUGGGUUCACCACGGAGCUCUUGGCCUUAAGGUUUUCCGCAAGUUCGAAAAGGGUCAAUUGGAACUCGGUGACCGCUUUUCCCUCUCCGCCGUAACACCGUUCUGGCUCCAUUUCAAUUUCAACAACUCAGCUCUGGACGUUUCAAGUUCAAAGCCUCAGCUUGACAUCGACAUUGACCAAAUUGACCUUUCGCAAUUCGAUCCCGUUAAAGAGUUUGGUUUCCUUGCGAUUGGGCACGAGUUUGAUGACUAUCCAAAGGGGAAGAUCCGCAAUGUUAAGGAUUGGGAGUGGUUUCUUGAGGAAGCUAGAAAUGACAGUGAUGAUGAUGACGAUGAGGAGGGAAAGCAGAGGAAGAGGAUGAAGAGAAAGCGGAAGAAAAAGAAGGGUAAGGAGGAGAAUGAAGAUGAUGAAGAAUGGGGUGGUGAAAGUGAUGAUGAGGGUAAGGACCUUGUUUCUAACAUGAGCAAAGGUAAGAAGAGGGCAUGCUACUCCACAAGGUCUAAAGACAGGGAAAGUGGCUCUACAAGCUCUAAGAGAAAGAGAGAUACUAAGAUCAAUCAAACUUUUGAAGAUGAUGAAGAUGAUGAGACUCUAGGAGGCUUCAUUGUUGAUGAUGAAGAGAAUGAUCAGCAGGAGGAGUUAAACGAUGAUGAUGAUGAUGAUGAUGAAGAAGAGUUUGAAGAAGAGGAGGAGGAGGAAGAUUAAAGUUUUGAAUCAAAUCAAUGUUCGUACAUGUGUGAAUGUUGUUGUUCAGUUAGGAAACACUUGAUAUUGAGUUCUGUUUUGGUGAAUGGCUUAGGAAUGAAUCUAGAUUCUAGAAUAUGCAUUAAUUAAUUACACAAGAUAAAGAUUGGAAUAUAUAUGUAUUUCGAGCAAUUAUAAUUAUUAUGAAGUAUUUAGGCACAUUUA